CUUUUUUGUUCAGUAGUUCAGUCUUCUCUGUGCAUUCGAGUGACGUUUCUGAACGCACAGUAGAUCGCGUACCCACGUGGUUUAUCGAGGUCUCUUGCAGCUAGCAGCUAUGCGCAUUGAGACGUGUUAUUUCUGCUCGUCCCGGAUAUUUCCGGGACACGGAAUUCAAUUUGUAAGGAAUGAUUGCAAGAUAUUUAAAUUUUGCCGCGCAAAAUGUCACGCUGCAUUCAAGAAGAAAAAGAAUCCCAGGAAGGUCAAAUGGACCAAAGCCUACAGGAAGACUGUUGGCAAGGAAUUGGUAAUAGAUCCAUCAUUCGAUUUCGAAAAGAGGAGGAACAUACCUGUCAAAUAUAACAGAGAAUUAUGGAGCAAGACCGUGGAGGCGAUGAAGAAGGUCGAAACUAUCAAGCAGAGGCGACAGAAUCUGCACAUUAUGCAGCGAUUACGUAAGGGCAGGGAACUCGAACAGGAGAGAGAUAUCAAGGAGGUGCAGCGUGACUUGUCUCUCAUCCGCUCGCCAGCUGCUGGCCUCAAAGAAAGGAAGAAACAGGAAGAGGCGGCUGAAGAACAGGAAAUGCAGAUAGAUGCAGACUCCAACAGUGAACUUGAAGCCGAGGCAUUGGAAGUAAAUUAGAUCCAUUGUAUAUAUUUUUAUACCCAAUCGUUUUAUAUCCUCUACAAAUUAUUUCCAUUAUGUUAAUAAAUUAUAGAUUACAAUAUACUUCUAACAGCAUGUUCUAGUAUAUUCUUACGAUAUCAUGUGUUAAGGUAUGUUAUAAUUAUAUAAUGUGAAUUUUUUUAAUUCAUUGAUUGAUCAAUUACAUUAUGCACAAAUGCAAUUUUUACAAAACAAAGUUGCAUUUGCACAUAAUGCAAUUGAUUAAUCGAUGAAUUAAAAACCUUACGUAUAGAUAUAGGUUCAAUUUUAUUUGUGUAAUAAGAGAAAGCGAAAGAUUGUCAUUACGAAAAUUGUACAAAAGUUGAAUAAAAAUUAAAAAGUCGAAAUAA